CCGCUCACAGAUUGACGGAGGAAACUACAUCCGGGUAAGUAGCGCUGCGUCCUCUCCUCCCCCUGCAUCCUCCCUCCCUGCAGAUAAAUAGGAGGACAGAGACAGACGGACAGAGACAGACAGACGGACAAGUGCAUCGCUUUCGGCAUCAGCGAUGUCAGUGUCCCCCCCCCUCCCUCACCUGUCCCGUCUCUACCAGACGGAGUUUGUGAGGAGCGCCCGUGCGGUGGGGGUUCUGUGGGCUGUGUGCUCCCUCUGCCUGGCCAUCAUCCAGGUGGUGGUCCUGGUGCAGCCGUCAUGGGUCGGCACUGGAGAGACCCAACACCUGGGGGGGAGGGGCCCUGUCCCGCCCAGCGGCACGCUGGGGCUGUUUGAGGUGUGUGUGGAGUCUGACUGGCCGGUUCUGGACUGCCGUGGUGGUCUCUCCAGUCUGUCCCCUCUGCCGUCCUUCCAGUCGGUGGCCAUGUUGGUGGGAGUGUCUCUGUGGGCGGUGUGGACCAGUGUCCUCUGUCUCUGUCUCUUCAGGUUCUGCAGCGCCGCCACGGUCUAUAAGAUCUGUGCCUGGCUGCAGCUUACUGCAGGCUUCUGUCUGGCGUUGGCUUGUCUAUUGUUUCCAGACUUGUGGGAGAGUCCAGAGAUGAGAACUCUGUGUGGAGACUCUGUGGGCAGCUUCUCUCUAGGUAACUGCUCCGUCCACUGGGCCUACAUCCUGGCCAUCCUGGGCAUUUUGGACGCCGCCAUCUUGGCCACGUUGGCCUUCGUCCUUGCCAACAGACAGGAUGCCCUGCUGCCCCCGGAUGCCAAGGAGGUGACGACGGGUCUGCUGAUGUCAGCGUGAAGUCAACAGAUCCAGAAGACGCUGUGUGCACCAAUGUGUGAGGAUCCAAUUGAAGAUCAUGUGAUCAUGUCACAUGGAACAUUUAUUCAGAAAUAAAGGAAACAUUUGAAUGAAUUAUUGAAAUUAAGGAAAUUAAGUUAUGUAGAUCCAAUUACAGUUCCAGUCAACUUCUGGAAAUAUAUCUCUAGUUCACCGAGUACAUACGUAAACAGGUUGCCACGGUUACAGUGACGUGGGCAUUAUGGUAUUGAGGGUUUUCAAUAGUCUCUAGUUUGUCUCACUACAGCUCCCUUCAGAAGACAAAAACGUUUUUAAUGUUGUUGUUGUUUGUGUUUACACAAUGAUUCACGCAUAAUAAACAGUUUUAUCGUA